AUGUUGGUCUACAACGAGUACAAGCCGAGAGGCGCCAAACCGCGUGACGCGGAACAGAUCCGCAAAAAGUGGUCUAGGAUUCUGAGAGCCACCAAGAGGUUCGUGGGCAUAUACCAGAACAACCUGCUCACUGCUGAGAGUGGCCGCAGCGAAGCCGACGUGAAGGAUAUGUCUAUGUCCCAAUUCAACACUGAAGGCUUUCCUAAGUUCACCUCCUGGGAGGAGUAUCUCGUUCUCGAGAACUACCCGAAAUUCAAGGCCAUCUUUGCGGAUGAGCGGGAUGAUCUUGGGGCGAAGCGAACUAGACACAACAGAGCCGGGGACUACAGCAGCGGCAGUGGCUCACAAUCAAUCGACCUCAACGACGGCCAAACGGAGGAGCCCUCCGCUACACACACUAGGCGCCCACGCCCUCCGGGGCAACAUGCCACUAUCCGAAACGCUAGAGGAUCUGCACGUUCCUCCCGCCUCUGGUCGGUCGCAUCUGGAUCCCGCAUCUCGCAGCCCGCUUCUAGAUCGUACUCUGUGGGCACUGGUCCUCACGAGGUCUUGAACAGGAACCUGGAUGUGCAGUUGAUGAAACAACUGCAAGAUAACUGCUGUUUCUACGAGGCCGCAACCGACCCGAUCACCAAGGAGUUAUACUACGCGCUCAUGUGUAGGAUCAAGGAGCAGCUGGGGUUGUAUGGUGCAGCGGCGGCAGAGGCAGCGGGCGACGGAGGCAGAAGUGGUUGA